AUGCAACAUGUGCAAGUGAAACAAACGCUCAGUGACUAUAUGAGGACAACACCGGAAAGGCUCAAAAUAAUCGAUGCAUACUUGCUGUAUAUUCUUCUGACAGGGUUUGCUCAAUUACUCUAUCGUCUUCUUCUCGAUUGGACGUCUCCAUUCAAGACAUUUCUGUCAGGAUUCAUCUCCACAUUGACAUGCUUUGCGCUUGCUUUUUUUCUUCGGCUAAACGUGAAGGAAAUCGAAGCUGUGAAGAAUAACGACGAAAAGAAAGCCGCCGUGAAGGAUGUCUCAAAAAACGAAGAUAUAAAGAAUGAAAAAAACGCCGCCAAGGAUAACUCGGAAAACGAAGAAAUAAGGAAUGAAGAGAAGGUCUUGAAGGAAAAUGGCGAAGACGAGGCCACGGAGGUGAACGAUGAUGAGGACACGGAGGAGAACGACGAAAAGAAAGACGUAGAGAUGAACAAUGAAAACAAAGCCAUGGAUGAGAAAGACGACAGUGCUAUAGAAUCUAACGGCGAAAAGAAAGCGACGAAGGAAGAUGAUAACGACAAAGCCAUGGAGAUGAGCGAAGAAAACAAAUCAAUGAAGGACAACGGUAAAAAUGAAGUCACAGAAAGAAAAGACGAGAACAAACCCGUAAAGCUGUUUGACAAAUACAAAGCAAUGUUCUUUCAAAUUUCGACCGAGCGCGCAUUUGUUGAGUUCUUAAUUGCACAUGCAGUUUUUCACUUGAUUGUUUUGAACUUUUUAAGUUAG